UAUGAAAAGCAGCAGCGGAAGCAGCACCUUCACCUUGGCAUUUCAGGAUUUCAGCAGAUCGAACAGGGUCUGUUUGGACAUGGCGGGUCGUGAUCGGAUCGUUCACCUGCUCAGGCAGCUCGAGCGUGCGGCGUGCAGAUGUCCAGCUCACUCUAACACCUUCCACCAAGGUGCUGGAUCUGCAAACUGCACCGUCAGAACCACUGAUUAUGCCUUUGAGAUGGCGAGUUCCAACAUUCGGUAUGGACCAGGAGUCAGCAAAGAGAUCGGCAUGGACCUCCAGAACCUCGGAGCCUGCAACGUGUGUCUGAUGACAGACAGGAACUUGUCGCUUCUCCCUUCUGUGAAGGCUGUUCUAGAGUCCCUGGCAAAGAACGGAGUCAACUUCAAGGUGUACGACAAUGUGCGUGUAGAGCCCACAGACUCCAGUUUCAAAGACGCAAUCACGUUUGCCAAAAAUGGCUCGUUUGAUGUGUAUGUGGCGGUGGGCGGCGGGUCGGUGAUUGACACCUGUAAAGCGGCCAACCUGUACGCCUGUCACCCCGAAGCCGACUUUCUGGACUUCGUCAACGCUCCAAUCGGCAAAGGGAAGCCCAUCAUGAAUCCACUGAAGCCGCUGAUCGCAGUUCCAACAACUGCUGGCACUGGGAGUGAGACCACUGGAGUCGCCAUCUUUGACUACGAACCCUUGAAAACUAAAACAGGUAUUGCCAGCAGGGCCAUCAGACCCAUGCUGGGCAUUGUGGACCCGACACAUACUCUGAGCAUGCCUGAGAGGGUGGCGGCCAAUAGUGGCUUCGACGUGCUCUGUCACGCUCUGGAGUCGUACACCGCCCUGCCUUAUGACCAGAGAAGCCCCUGCCCGUCCAACCCAAUCCAGCGACCCGCCUACCAGGGGAGCAACCCAAUCAGUGAUGUCUGGUCCCGCCACGCCCUCCACGUGGUUGCCAAGUACAUGAAACGAGCGGUUCGAGACCCGGAGGACCUGGAAGCCCGGUCCAGCAUGCACCUGGCCAGUGUGUUUGCUGGGAUUGGUUUUGGAAAUGCUGGAGUCCAUUUGUGUCAUGGCAUGUCAUACCCCAUCGCUGGAAACGUCAAGACUCACACAGCCAAAGGCUACAGUGUGGAACACCCCCUGGUGCCUCAUGGGCUUUCUGUGGUUCUCACGUCUCCUGCCGUCUUCAGCUUUACUGCACCCAUGUGCCCAGAGCGCCACCUGGAGGCUGCAGAGAUCCUCGGUGCAGAUGUGCGGCAGGUGAAGCGUCAGGACGCGGGCGCCGUUCUGGCUGACACACUUCGCCAGUUCCUGUCAGACCUGCAUGUUGAGGAUGGACUCGGCGCCGUGGGGUACAGCAAAGACGACAUCCCGGCUCUGGUGAAGGGGACCCUCCCACAGGAGCGCGUCACCAAACUUUCUCCUAGAAAGCACACAGAAGAGGACCUGAGCCAGCUCUUUGAAGCUUCCAUGAAGCUCUAUUGAUCUGGCAGCUGACCUAAGACCUCUCCCAUUACAUACGCAAAGAAACAGUGUUUGUAAGCUCAGAAGGUUCAGCAAUUACGGCUGUAUUUUCAUGUUUGUAUGCUUCCAGCUGCAGUACCAGCAGCGGCCACUAGAUGCUGCUGUAAGCUUGCGGUGUCUUCAGGGUUCAGCUUAAUCAGUUAGAACUGUGUAGACAAAAAAAGAAACUUUUUUUUGUGAUUUUUUUUUCCUUAACCAAUACAAAUUUUGACUUUGGCAUUAAAUUCAUGAUUUAUAAAUAAACUAUCCUAAAUCAGUUUUUAAUCGUGAUUUUUUUUUUUUUU